AUGGAUAAUAUUGCCAUAGUACGAAAUAAAUUACGACUUCGUAAUGAUCUGAUGCGAUGUCUUCUAUCCGAAUUCAUCAGUACUGCUUUUUUGUUGUUUGCUGGUACCUCAGCAAAUGCAAGUAAUCUACUCGGAGGUUCUAAUUGCAAAAUUUGUGUAAUGCUUGGAUGGGCUUUUGGAAUAGGCCUCGGUGCUUUUGCAGCUGGUCGUUUAUCUGGAGGACAUAUGAAUCCGGCAAUAUCGUUCGCUUUUUAUCUUUGUGGCAAUUUAUCAGCAUUUAAGUUCAUAAUGUAUUCAAUUGCUCAGUUAUUUGGUGCACUUGCGGGCAGUUUUCUCACUUUCUUCCUUUAUUACGAUGGAAUCAAUCAUUUUGAUGACGGUAAUCGGCAAACUACUGGACCAAAAGCAACAAUUGGAAUAUUUGUUCCUUGGCCACAGGAAUAUUUGAGCAUUUCUGGCUGCAUCUUCGAUCAGUUCGUCGGUACAGCACUUCUUAGUUUUUGCAUAAUGAUAUUCAGCGAACCACGAAAUAAAAUUCCACCGGCAGCUCAACCAAUGAUUCUCAGUAUGACUAUCGUUGUGGUUGCUGCAUGUGUUAGUGAAAAUGCAGGCGGUGAGAUUAAUCCGGCAAGAGAUCUUGCACCAAAACUUAUGGCUGUCAGUGUCGGUUAUGGCUGGGAUGUUUUCAGCUUCCGAGAGUACAAAUGGUUCUUGAUACCAAUCUUCGUCCCAUUUGUCGGUGCAGCAUUUGGUACUUGGUUUUAUUACUUAACUCUCGGAAUUCAUAUCAGCGAUGAUAAUGAUGAGCACAACAAAAUGGACAAUCGUUUGGAAAUGAACGAAGUGAGCAGAGUUGCAAUAGGAAAUUCAAAGAUAGUGAUCUCGAAGUGA